UGUUCUCUGGUGUUUACAUCCAGUCCAGAGAACUUUAAUCACUCAACAUGUCUGCCUCCAUAGCGAGAGCGACUGUGAAGGCGGUCAGCAGGCGAAAAAUUUUGCCGACAAGAGCCGCUUUGACACUGACACCUUCAGCUGUGAAUAAAAUCAAGGUACUUUUACAGGAGAAACCUGAAUAUAUUGGGCUGAAGGUUGGUGUUCGGACCAGAGGUUGCAAUGGCCUCACCUACACCCUUGACUAUACAAAACAAAAGGACAACUCCGAUGAGGAAGUGCUACAAGAUGGUGUGAGAGUUUUCAUUGAGAAGAAGGCUCAGCUGACCUUGUUGGGCACAGAGAUGGAUUUUGUAGAGACGAAACUGUCCAGCGAGUUUGUGUUCAAUAAUCCUAACAUCAAAGGAACGUGUGGCUGCGGGGAAAGCUUCAACAUCUGAACCUCUUUGCAUGCUGAGCUACACAUAGAGCCCCCUUUCCUUUCCUGCCAUGUAUUAUCCUGCAGGACAAACCCAGCCCCAUUCCCAGAGCCAACAUCAAGAACCACAUUGUUGCUUAAAUGGCAAUAAAAGACUUGAGGGAUAGACUAAGUGGAAAUGAAACAAAAACAAAGCUCAAUGCAAGUCACUAAACUCCUUUGAGCUAUGCUUGGUUUUGAUGUUGAGGGACAGAAGAUCAUUUUCAGAUGUUUUGGUUGCAGCACAGGAAGCUGAGGUCCAGUCGUGUGUAAAGGAUAAGUAAUGUGCACUGUGGGUCAGUAUUUAUUUUCUUGUCCAUAACGUGAAAUGAUAGCUGUUGAUGUACAUUCAUUCUUUAGUUUUAGGAAGAUUCUGACGUGUGGUGCUCAGUGUGUGCAGUGUGCUUCUUCGGGGCCAUCAUAAUGGAAGGUAGGCUGUGGCAGUAAUGAGAAUGAGACAGUGCUUGGCACCCUUUUACAACAGUUAUGACAUUUACUUGAGCCACAAUUCAAUUUGGCACUGAACUGGACACUUCAUUAGGUGUCUACACUUAUUGUACAGUUUAACAGGUCUGCGUUGUAGUGCUGCAGUUACAGAUUGUCGUCCGUCUGCUUCGCUGCAUAAUUUGUAAGCAUUACAAAUUAUUACAGGUAUUAUUUGGGUGAUGGGUCAUUCUUAGCACUGCAGCGACACUAACAUGGUAGUGAUAUGCUAAUGUCUGUUAUGCUGCUAGGCCUGUUACAUGAGAUUUUAACCACCUAAUACCUGCUGUAUAAAUAGUUGCAUUUAUCAGUUUGUCUUUGUGCAUUGUAUGCAUCCAUUAAGUAAAAGUGGUCAGACUGGCUGAUUAGCUGUCAAUACUGUCAAGCAGCUCCCAACUGACAAUAGAGCUUCAUCUCAAACAAACAGUACUCACUGCUGCACUCUGUAGGUGUUAAAGGACUGGUCAGAAGUUCUUGUAAGAUCCAGAGCACCCUUAGGCAAAUUAUAUGUUUAGUUGAUUUUCUAAGUGAAAAUAAGUUUCAUUUUCUACAGGGAACAAACUUUCUAAUGCAUUUUAAUGCACAGUUACAAUUUAUUUGCUGAUUUUAACAUCGGACAUAAAAUGAAACCUAAAAUAUGGCCUGUGCAAAAGUUAUGGCACGUUUUAUAUGUCAUGUUAUAUUUUUUCCAAUAUUUUAAACUUAGCAAAAAUAUACCAAAUAUAUGCCAUACCUAUGUUUGUGUUCUAUGGAGGAUGUGUUAACUUAUUUUCACUUUUUGUACAGGGCUGUUUAGACUUUUGUGGAAAGUGGUUAUUUAAGCGGUCACCUUAAAUUAUUAAAAUAUCAAGUAACUGUGAUUAGAUGAUGUAAUAAUUAUCAGGCCUAUCUGCAAUGAGUGGAUUAGACAACAGUGUACAUUCAUUGUCCACUCUGAAAGCUCAUCCGUUGCUCCACAGUUUGUGUUAGUCAUCCUCUAGUUCUUCAUCAGUGGUCACAGGAUGCUGCCCACAGGACGCCGUUGGCUGAAUGUUUGUGGUUGGUGGACUAUUCUCAGUUCAGCAGCGACACACUUGUUUAAUAACUCCAGUAGCACUGCUUCAUAGCAUGUCAGUGUCACUGCAGUGCUGAGAACGAUUUUCACCUGAAUAAUACCUGCUCAGUGGUGGUCAUGUGGGAGUCCUGCCCACUGGUGAAUGGGGUAAAGGAGGGCUAAGGUAUGUCGAGAAACUGAUGGACUACAGUCUGUAACUCUAGAACUGUAGUGUGCAUGUAUAUAGUAAAUGGACCUACAUAUAAUACAAUACAAUGUAGGAGUCCCUAAUAAAGCAGCCAGAGUGUGUUUUUUGUUUUCCAGUUAAAGCAUUUCACAGACAGUUGUCCUGGAAAAUAACUAGCCAAACAUCACGCUUCAUCCACAUAAACCUGUUUUUAGAUGCAGGUAAGCGUCAUGCACAUCACUGCCUGUAGAGAGUAAUGUAAAUCUGCUUAGGUUCUCAUAGAAGUUAUUAAAGUGAUGAUUUGAAUUGGAUUUGUGUUGUUUCUGGAACUCAGCACAGGAAGAGCUUAUGUUUUAAAGAGUCUUUGUAAAAUCUCAUCUGUGGUUGUAAAAACUAAGGAUGCUGUGUGUGUGUAUAUAGAAAGAAUGUAAACUCUGUCUUUUAACGCACAAUAAAUGUACAGUUAUAUGCAUAAA